AUGCCUACAGCUGGAGCCCCGGAUCUUGCAGGAUAUUCUCAUGAAGAUAUUAUGAAAUUGUACUAAUAGUUAAUGAGCGGCUAGGUUCCACCUGAUCUAUAGAAUCAAUUUGAAAGUUUUGUUGAUGCAAAUGGAAAUCCAAUUAUAGAUGCAGAAGGUGGUGCUAUGAUCUAGCCAUAACCUGGAUUCGUAGUAAAAACAAAAGAUAAAAAUGGACAGAAAGUUUUCAUUAAUAUGACCACUCAUGAUUUAGUAGACCCUUUUGAGGAAAAACCAAUUCCUGAAGGUGAUAGAGAAAAGUUUGGAGAUUCAGAGAGUGGCAUCCGUAUUCCUCUGUCAAUGGGUUAAUUAAGAGAAGACUUUGAUAAGAAGGGAGAGGCUGCCUAGGUAUGCGAUGUUAUUUGGAACCCUAAAACUAUUGAGAGAUGUAAAAUAGAUGCCUAAUUUAGACAGAUUGUUGUUGAGUUAGCUUUUAACUACUAUGCACAGAAAUUUAAUGUGGAAUUGGACUUGAGAUUUACUUUACCAAAAAUGAAAUAUAAAGGAAAGACUAUUCAAUAUUAGAGAGUGAGAGCUAAAAAGGCACCUAAGAUUCAGGAGAUGGAAAUGUCUGAGGAGGAAAGAAAGAACCUAGAGGCUAAGGGACUUGAAUAAGUGAAAAAUAAAGUAUAAGAGGUAGUAGAAAAGACUCCAGAAUGGUAGUUAUAUUGUAUUUUGAAACAAGAAAAUGAAUAGAAGUAGGAAUACCUAGAGAGGUUUGAUUAGGAAGAUUUUUGGAAUAAUAUGGUAAAUGAAUUGGUUAGGAAAUCAGAUGAGAGUGGAGUAGGUGAUAGCUAAGAUCGAUUCAAUACCCUAGCUUAAACAUUUAGGCUGCCAGAGGAAGUAGAUUUAGUAGAAGAAUUUGAUGGGACAAAUCAUGAACUUGCUCAGAAGUUAGUUUUUGUAAUUUCACUACCGAUCCUUAAGCAUGCCAAGGUACUUUAGGUUAGAGUGUCUAAUGAGGUUGUAGCAAUCAGAGUGCCACAUUUAUAUAAAUUAGAACUUGGACUUCCAAUUUAAGUAGAUAAUUAAUCCGCUAGAUCUUAUUUUGAGGGCAAGCUAAGAAAACUUUUCGUAAUUCUGAGUUUAAAACCAACUUUAAGCUAGUAAGAUUAAUCAGAGUCACUGCCAAGUAAAAUAGAAAUUGUCGAUACAAAGAAACUUGAGAAUGAUCUUCUGUUUGAUGUUAUUUGA